CGCGCAGGCGCAGUGGGGGUGCGCAGCCUCAGCGGCAGAGGUGGCGGCGGCGCGGCGGUUUCCGUUGUUGGCGCGCGAGGCGGCGGCGGUUGGGCGGUUGCGCGCGCGCGAAGAUGAGUGAAACUCUGGUGGUUUGUGAUGUUGCUGAAGACCUGGUGGAGAAACUGAGAAAAUUCCGGUUUCGUAAAGAAACCAACAAUGCUGCCAUUAUAAUGAAAAUCGACAAGGAUAAGCAGUUGGUGGUACUGGAUGAGGAGCAUGAGGGUAUUUCUCCCGAUGAGCUAAAAGAUGAGCUGCCGGAGAGACAACCUCGAUUUAUUGUGUAUAGUUACAAGUAUCAGCAUGAUGAUGGAAGAGUUUCUUAUCCAUUGUGCUUUAUCUUCUCCAGUCCAGUUGGAUGUAAGCCUGAACAGCAGAUGAUGUAUGCUGGAAGCAAGAAUAAACUUGUACAGACAGCUGAACUCACUAAGGUAUUUGAAAUAAGAAAUACAGAAGACCUAACUGAAGAAUGGCUGCGUGAGAAACUGGGCUUCUUCCAUUAAGAAAACCUCUGUAAUAAGUAUUUAUGUACCAUCCUGAUAAUACUGGAACCAGACAUGAAUACUUACUUCUAAAAAUGCACUGUAUUUACAUCUGUCUCCUGCAGUAUAUAUCUUGUGCAAAGUUUGUGCAAAGAAUAGCAGGUCUGUCUCCUUGAAGUAACAAAUCUUUGCAGGUGUUUCCUUAUUUGUACCUGUUAAAAGGGAAUACUUCUCUGCAGGGACUCCUUUUGCACUCUUGUGACUAAUAUUUCUAUAACUAAAAUAGUUCAGUUCUGGAUUUAUAACUAUCUACAAACAUAAUUUGGAAGCUGACGCUAACUUUUUCUGAGCUACAAAUGCAUCCUUAUGACAUGUACUAGCCAUUUAUAUGCAGAAAUUAUGUACUGUCACUUACUUUUCAGGCUUUUUGACUUAAUGUCAUCUCAAUUUUGAAAACUACUCCUUGGAAGCAUUUAGUAUUAAAAAGACAAAAAUCCUUCUACAGCAAAUCCAGCCAUUUAUCUUUCUAUCAAGUCCAUGUGAUCUUUUGCAAAUUCUUGGAACUAAUUUUUGUCAUUCCAAUAAUUCCUCAUUUAACUGAGUCAAUCUUACUAAAUUUCAGGACAAAGCUUUGACUGUCCAGUUUUCAUGCUAAUACAGUCUUACAGGAACUAGAUGAUAACUAAGGGCUGAAUUACAACUCUGGUUACUCUUGUACCAGAUGUCUUGCAUAUAUAACUUACUACACUGUUAAGAAGUUUACCUCUGCUUGUUUCCUGUUAUACGAACACCUGUUAAUACUGUGUGCCUUUAAUUUGUUAGCUUUAAAAUUACUUGAGAAUUUUACACUGCCACUUAUUACAAAUUUGGUAAAAACUUUGUUAAAGAAUCCAAGCAACAUUUUUUCCUAGUGCCUAGUGUUGCUGUUGACAUCUGUAAAAAAAAAAAAAAAAAGAAAAGCUAGCUAACCUCUUUUUCUUUAAAAUUCCAGUCAUCUGCUCCUUUUGUAGGAGUCAGGAAGUUAAAGCUUUUCAUGAUAUUGAGUGAUUUAUAUCUCUUUGUUAUAAAAGUUGGCCACACAUAGCUUUUGAGUACAGUCUCUAACUUUCUUAACUGCUUGUUGGUCAAAAUUACAUUCCAGAUAAAGCUUUUGCAUAAGUAAUAAUUUGAUUUUCAUUUACUUACGGUUCAUCUCUUUGAAACAGCAAAUAUUCUAAUGUGAAAAUAGUAUUUAACUUUUAUAAAUGACCAGUCUUUUUACAGGUCUGUUUUAUAUUGAAUAGAGUAGUUGUCUGAUAUGGGACGUGUUCAGCCCAUGCAGUGGCAGAAGGAGUACUCGUGACAGUAUCUCACUAUCUCGCUCAUGAGUGUUUGUUGUGCUACUGAAUAAGUAUCUGCGUAAGAGCAGCUUCCUGUUGAUCAUAUACCUUAAAAUACAGCUGCCCUAACAAAUGUGUUCGUAGAGAAGGAAUGCAGUGUUAAAUUUGGAGGCCAGUAUUUCAUGCUGUGAAACCUUUGCUGAAAGACGGUUUAUUUUGUUUGUAAACAUGUGUUAAUGUUAAAACACUAAUUCCUCUAAGAUCACAAGGAAUUAAUUUGCAAAGGUCAUCAGUGUUGGUAGAUCUCUCCUUGGUUUGAUAUUACUGCUCAUUUAUUUGUAUCCAAAUCUGACUUGAGAGGAUCUUUUCAAAAUACAUGUCAGAGUGAUCCAAUUAAAUUGAUCUUUCAAUGCAGGGAAGAAAUGCUUGUAAUUAAAAUUAAAUUUCUGUGUUAAUGUAGUGAACUGGAAAACCAAUUUAAUUUCCCUGAACAAAAAAAUGUUGUUUAUGAAACUGUUGCUUGAUCAUUCUGUACUACAGAUCAAUAAAACCAACGUCUUUUGUGACAAA